AUGAGUUUAGUACAUUCAGCCAUGUUUAAUAAUCAUUUAGGUUCAACCCCUGUAACUACUAAUUCAACAACUAGUGCUACUUCCUCCACAGCUUCAGCCACAUCUCACAUUAGAUCUCGAAGUUUCGAAUUACUUCAAGAAGCAAAAGUCAUAAGAUUAAACAAUUGUAAACGAUCUUACAGUGACGAUUUAAGAUCCAAUUCUGUUUCCUAUAACAACGUCAUUGAUUACAGUAAUGGUUACACAAACAGUUUUGAUAACACCAAUAGUAAUAAAAGAGCAAGAACGGCUCCUCCUUCUCCCCCUUAUGAAACUGCAAAAUUGGAUUCAUACACUACCAGAACAUCAAGAAGUAACAUUCAUCCAUUAGUGAUUAAAAAUUUAGUCAAACCGACCACCACUAAAUUAAGAUCAAGAUCACUUUCUCCAAAUAAGAAAUUUGCUAAUCCAUUAUCACCAUCUUCUUCUCCAAUUGCCACUACAAAAUCACCAAUUACUUUUCGACCAGAAACACCAGCCACCAAUAAUACUACAAAAACAACAGCAACAGCAACUACCAAUUCGCAAAGGGGAAUUAAACUACCAAGUAUUUCUGAUGCUUUAAAUAAUUUAGAUCCAAUUCAUUCCAAGACUCCAAUUAAGUUAAAACCAAUUAUUCCAACUGUUUCAUUAGAUUAUUUUGAUACUUACAAACCAAAUGAUGAAAAUUGGAGAUAUGGAUUAUUAGAUAAAAUUACUAAAGAAUCAAAGCAUUUCCAUUUGAAUCAAUAUAAUUAUUUAAAUGAUCAUACUAAACCAAGUUUUGAUUCAAAAAUAUCUUCAAAAAUUCAACUUAAUAACAAUGGUGGAAACAUUUAUAAGAAAAUUAACUUUCCUUAUGAAUCAAAUUAUACUUAUUUAAAUAAGACUUAUUUAAAUGAUGUCAAACACUAUCCAGAAUAUUUGGAAUUGGCUGCAGAAUCAUUACUACAAUUGAAAGAGCGCCAAAUGCAACCAUCACAGCAUCAUCAUCAUCAUCAACAACAGCAACAACAACAACCUGUUCAUAUACAAUCGAUUCCUUCACAAUCGCAGUCAUCGCAUGCUACCGUUAUACCGCCAAUCCAAGCACUCCCCAUUCAAUCUACAGCUGUUCCAGUUGUUGCACCACAAUUAGCUCCAUAUACAUUCUUGCAUAACUCAAGUAUUCCAUCAACCACCACCACCCCAAAUACCACAAACACCGCACCUGCAUAUCACAAUCAACAUCAACAAACACCACCUAUUGUACCACAACAGCCAGAACCCGAACAAACAAUGGUUUCUACACAUAAAUUUAUUCCAAUUACUCCACCUUCUUCAUCUAAAAAAUCCAGAUCUGAUUUAUUGAAAUCACCACCUCGAAACCAUCAUCAUCAUGCACCAAGAGUGUGUAUAUCAUGUGGAUCAGAUCAAUCUCCAUGUUGGAGACCAUCAUGGUCAAUUAAAGAAGGACAGUUAUGUAAUUCAUGUGGUUUAAGAUAUAAGAAAACAAAAGCUAGAUGUUUAAAUGAAAAUUGUAAAAAAAUUCCAGCUAAAGGUGAAUGGACUUUGAUGCAAAGUAAAGGUAAAGAAGUAUUUGAAGAUGGUAUUGAAGGUUAUAGUUGUAUUGCAUGUGGUUGGAGAGUUGAAGUACUUCCCAAAUAA